AUGUCAAAGUGGAAGCAGUGGGAUGUGUUUAAGAAUAAAAUGUCCCGCAAAAGGAUGGGAAAAAAGGAAGAAAAAGACGAGACUGAGUAUUUGACAGUACAGCGACUAUCUGCCUCUGUCGAAGGAAAGGCACAAAAAUAUACAAGAAUUGGCCCAUUGACAAUGGUACCGUUUCCACAUGAAGAUAAGACAAUGGAAAAUAUCAAACACGCAUGCAAAGACCAUUUCGAGAUUGAUAAAGGAUAUCAAUGUGACGUUCUUGCGGGGGAGAGAGGACCAUCUUAUACAAAUGUGAAUCAGAUUAAGAACUGGAAACUUAUUCACAUCCGGUUUGUGGAAAAAGAACCCGAGCUGAGAAAGAGCAGAAGUUCUAAAGAAAAGGAAGACCACACUCAAGCACAUAACCUGUCACUACCAAUAUCAUAUGUCAACCGUGCCUAGUUGUUCCAAUAUUGCACCGUCGUCUCGUUCUGUAUUCCCUCAGUCUGUCCCUCUCAGUCAACUCAUUAAGAUCGGGAAGUUUAUCCCACCGAAAAAGGACAUUGUCACUUUACAGUUAGAAGCAUUUGAUGUUGAGAGAAGAAGCUGGAAAGAUCCAGUGGAAGUAGUGUUGUCAAUUAGCGUUGAUAAGUUUGCAAGUGGUGCCUGCCGUGAUGCAUUUUUAGCUACUGGUCUCAAGGGAUUGGAUGGAAAGUUUGUGGUCAAACGUUAUAGGUCUGAUCGGGUUGUAGAGCAUUUUCAGUCCCUUGAUACGCACACUAGAAAAGUGGUACAGAUGCAUGCUCUUGCUAGGCACUUUUCAUUAUUGUUGCGUGAUGGUGCUCCUCUUCAAUUCGGCGAUACAUUCCUCUAUACCAAGCUGUACUAUGCAGAGAUGAAGGGUGAGUUUGUUACAGUAGAGUCCUACAUUGAAGGAAGUUUCAGAAAAUAUGUGAAUAACACUGGCGACAUUGUUCUAAAAGAUAGCAGUGAAAUUGCUAUGAAGGCAGAAUCGUUUGUCCAUUACUCUUUUGUCAAAUCAGGAAAGCAGCUUAUAAUUGUGGAUCUGCAAGGCGUAGGAUUUGUGCUUUGUGACCCAGAAAUAGCAAGUAGCGAGUUAUAUGAUGAAAGUGAUGGCAUCUAUUUCUGUGCUGGAAAUCUUUCAACCAAUGCAAUAGAAACAUUUUUUGUACAACACAAAUGCAACAAGUACUGUGAACUAUUAUCUUUGGACAAGCCAUGA